GUUCGUAAGCGACUGAUGGUGAUGUGCUCCCAGAUAGCCAGUGGGAUGGAGUACCUGGCAGCUGACAAAUACGUCCAUAGAGACCUCGCUGCCAGGAACUGCAUGAUCGAUGCCCAUUUCAUGAUCAAGAUCGCAGACUUUGGUCUGUCGGAGGACGUGCUUCAGAAGAACUACUUCAGACAGGGAGGUGGGAGUGGGGAGGGAGUAAAACUGCCAGUCAAGUGGAUGGCUCCAGAGAGCCUCAGUGACGGACACUUCUCUGAAAAAGAGUGACGUGUGGUCGUAUGGAGUGACAACGUGGGAGAUAUUCAGUGGAGGGAAGGCCCCAUAUCCCGGGACUGAUCCCCUCACUCUCGUACAGAGUCUGGAACAGGGCUACCGGAUGCCUCAACCUUACAACACCGUCUGCAGCGAGGAAAUCUAUGGGAUAAUGAUUCGUUGCUGGCACAUGGCUCCAGAAGACAGACCAACUUUCAAGGAGCUCUACUGCAGUGUCUCACAGUCCAUUGAACGUGAUGCAGGCUACCUGCAGUUUGGAUUUAACCCUUUCACUGGGGGUGGGGGAGAGGGAGGAGGAGGAGA